GUGGGGACAGACGGACCGGGGACAGGAGGACAGAGACGGACAGCUGGGGUCUUUCACAGGCACCCGGGGAGACACGGGGACAGAGAGCCCAGCGCAGGGACAGACGGACAAGGUGACCAGCGGGACGCACACGCCCAGCGCCCCAGCCCCGGGAGCCUCCCGCAGCGGGUCCUCCCGCGCACCGGGAGCCCGGCGGGGCCGCUCCGCCGCUUCUCCCGGCCGGGGAUGCAGCCCGGAGCCGCGGGCAGCCGGAYAUCGGGGCACCGGGACACGGCGGCCCGACACCCACCCGGGGCCGCGAGUGCCCGAAGGGAUUUGAAGCUGGGCCAAGAGAUGGAAAUGUCAUUGUCGCGGCUCGGGGGCCCGGAGAAGUGAGCGGGCGGGACACCGGGACGGUCCCGAGAAAGCAGCACAGCCCUGGGCAGAGGGGGCUGUAGUGGGGUUUGUCACAGACUGCGAGGGCUCAGGACAAUUCCGGGGGGCCAGGAGCUGUCCCAUCGCCCGCUCGGGGUUYGGGACAUCGGCCUUUCCAGCGGACUCUGGCACCCGUGUGAGCCCGAUGAGGAGCUGGGGCUGCCUGUGAACCUAUGCAGACCAGGAAGAAAUACAUUUUCCUGACUUUCCUUGCCUCUUGGCUGCUGCUUUUCCUCUUUGGGGGGGACCAGCUGCGCCAUUUCGCUUUCUUUUCCGGGAGGAAAGCCAAAGCCCGGAGGAGCUGGCCCCACUGGACGGAUCGGUCCCUCCUCAAAAGCUUUGCGGACCCCGAGGAGCUGCAGAGGGAUGGGGACCCUUCCUUGCUGUCCCCCCGGGAGCGGCGGGCGGCGAGGCUGAGCAUCCACAGGAGCAGCAGCUGCCGGAUGGAAACCUGCUUCGACUUCUCCAGGUGCGAGAAGCACGGCUUCAAAGUGUUCACCUACCCCCAGGAGCGGGGCCAGCCCGUCUCGGAGAGCUACGGUAAAAUCCUCAGCUCCAUCCAGCGCUCGCGUUACCACACGGGGAACCCCGAGGAAGCGUGUCUGUUCAUCCUSGGCAUCGACACGCUGGACCGCGACCACCUCUCGGGCCAGUACGUCCRGAAUGUGGAUGAGAAAAUCCGCGGCUUCCCGCUCUGGAACGGCGGCCGCAAUCACCUCAUCUUCAACCUYUACUCGGGCACUUGGCCCAACUACACCGGCGAGCUGGGUUUCGAUAUCGGCCAGGCCAUGCUGGCCAAAGCCAGCUUCGACACCGACAGCUUUCGGCCCGGCUUCGACAUCUCCAUCCCGCUCUUCUCCAAGGAGCACCCGCAGCGMGGAGGGGACAGGGGGUGGCUGUACCAGGACUCGCUGCCCCCGAAAAAAAAAUACCUGCUGGUGUUUAAGGGUAAGCGGUACCUGACGGGCAUCGGCUCCGGCACCCGGAACGCGCUGCACCACAUCCACAACGGGAAGGACAUCAUCUCCCUCACCACCUGCAAGCACGGCAAGGACUGGGAGAAGCACAAGGACACGCGCUGCGACAAGGAUAACGUGGACUACGAAAAGUUUGAUUACCAGGAGCUGCUGCACAACUCCACUUUCUGCAUCGUGCCCCGGGGCAGGCGCUUGGGGUCCUUCCGCUUCCUCGAGGCUCUGCAGGCCGCCUGCAUCCCGGUGCUGCUGAGUGACGGCUGGGAGCUGCCCUUCGCCGAGGCCAUCGACUGGGGCAAAGCUGCGGUCGUGGGCAGCGAGAGGCUCCUGCUGCAGAUCCCCUCCGCCGUGCGCUGCAUCCACCCCGAGCGCGUCCUGGCCUUCCAGCAGCAGACGCAGCUCCUGUGGGACGCCUACUUCUCCUCGGUGGACAAGAUCGUGCACACCACGCUGGAGAUCAUCAAGGACCGCCUGGCCCCGCACCGCUCCCGCUCCCGAUUCCUCUGGAACGCGCUGCCCGGCGGGCUCYUGGUCCUGCCUGAUUUCUCCACCCACCUCGGGGAUUUUCCUUUCUACUACCUGCAGCACGGCUCCAGCCCCUCCAAGAAGUUCACGGCUUUCAUCCGGGCGGUCUCGCAAGCAGGGUCCCCGUCCCAGUCCAUCCUCAGGCUCAUUCAAGCUGUCUCUGCAUCCCAGUACUGCGCGCAGGUGGGAGGAGCUGAGUCCCCAAUCAAUCUGUGCAUUCAGUGGGAUAAAUGAGGCCCCUGGCCCAUGGCACAGCCCAGCCUGUCCUUGCUCCCUCCACAGCUCAGUGACCGCUUCUUCCCCUUCGAGGCCAUCCAGACGGACGCGGUGCUGAGCCUGGACGAGCACACCAUCCUCUCCACCAGCGAGGUGGACUUUGCCUUCGUGGUGUGGCGCAGCUUYCCCGAGCGCAUCGUGGGCUUCCCCGCGCAGAGCCACUUCUGGGACCGCGAGCAGGGGCGCUGGGGCUACACCUCCAAAUGGAACAACGAGCUCUCCAUCGUCCUCACGGCCGCCGCCUUCUACCACAGGUAUUACCACACCCUCUUCACCGAGUACCUGCCCGCGGGGCUGCGGGAGCUGGUGGACGGGCUGGCCGCCUGCGAGGACAUCCUGAUGAACGUGCUGGUGGCCGCCGUCACCAAGCUGCCACCCAUCAAGGUGACCCAGCGCAAGCAGCACAAGGAGGGGGCGGCCCAGCAGGAGCAGUGCAGGGAUGGGGCUGCGGGGACCCCCCAGACCCCACACUCCGCUCCGGCCGCGGCGAAGGGCACUGCCGGCAGCCGGAGAUCCUCCCAGCGGCAGGACUGCCUGGACCAGUUGGCCGACUGGUUUGGCUACAUGCCCCUGGUGUCCUCCCAGCUGCGGCUCGACCCCGUCCUCUUCAAAGACCAGGUCUCCGUCCUGCGCAAGAAAUACCCGCGCUUGGAGAAGCCGUGAGGGCUGCCGGGCUCGGGGCCGGCUCCGGUGCCCMRYUCC